UUUUUAUGUGGUGCUGAGGAUCAAACCCAGGGUCUCACAUGUGCGAGGCGAGCCCUAUACUGCUGAGCCACAAACCCAGCCCAGUUCCUAACGCUUAAUUCUCUUUUAAUAUAUGCCUCUGCUAUCUCCAUUCUUUCAUUCCUGUAUGUGUUAGUAUCUGCUAUAACUCUGCAUAUCUGUCAUUGUUUAAAUCAAUUUAGUUUUGUUGAAAGUCUCUGACACACAUUCUUGAUGUGCAGAUCUUGAAUUUUCUUUUAACAUAUAUGUGAAAUUUCCAUUCAGUUCCAUGACAAUCUUAGGUCUCCUGUAUUGUGUGAUCUUUCUCACACUGUCAUCUUCAUAUUCAAUGGCUCAAUUGAUAUUUGCUUAUAUUUCAAAUGAUUUACAUCUAACUUCAUUUACUCCUCCUUUUUCUACUCUACUAUUGUUUUAGUUUUCAGAGCAUAUAUAUGUAUAUAUGAAAUAUGUAAUAUAAUAAACAAUACAUAUAUUACCUUUUAAAAAUUAAAGGACAUUCAUUUCAUUAAAUGCUAUAGUCACUUAGAUUAAUUUAUCAUAUCAUUUCCAAUUGAGUGCAUAACAACUUUUUAUCAUAUAUUCAUUCUGAGGUUUGUCUUAUUCUAUGCUAUCUAAAUGGUAUCCUUCUGAAAUGGGUGUUCUGAUAAUACUUUUGUGACACAAUACAGCAAUCAAAAUGAUUUUUAUACUGACUUUCUUCCCCAUAAUCUUGAAAAACUCCUCUCAUAAAUCAAAUAAUUUAGUCAUUGAUCCUGCAGUUGUUCUCCAUAAGAUUUAAUAUUUAUGAAGAAAGAUAGUAUUACAUUCUUUGCAGUUGUUAUAAACUGUACCUUCUCUGUUGACAAUAAUGGCCCUCUGCAGUCAUGAGGAGCAAAAGUAAUGAGCACAGAUCUUCAUUCAUAUGUGAUCUGGAAGGCAAGCUUUCCAUGUUAAACCACACGUAUGAUAUCAUGGACUCGGUUCAUAUUUUUACCAUAGAAAAUAAUUUUUUUCUAUAGCUAUAGCAUAAAAAUUUUAAUUUUUAUAUAUGUUGCAUUUUAUCACUGCUUUUAUAUAUCUAUUGAGGUUGAUGAUGUAUUUAUGUCUUUGAGUCUACUAUUGUGGGUGAUCACAGUAGUCAAGUUUGAACCUGAAACCAUUAUCACAUAUUAAAGACAAGGUGCAUUUUCAAAAACAACAGUACGGUCACCAUAGUCAAUCAUGGCAAGUAUCACAAUUUCUUUUUUUUAAUAUUUUUUAAAUUGCAGGUGGACACAAUAUCUUUAUUUUACUUAAGUGGUGCUGAGGAUUGAUCCCAGGGCCUCACACAUGCAAGACCAGCGCUCUACCGCUAAACUCCAGCCCCAGCCCAAGUAUCACAAUUUCAACUAAGUCAAACUCAUAAAACAUAAACUGCAUAAUUGGUGGAAGGCCCAAAUGAGCCUGUGGAGGAACAGGACUCCAACACUGUGGGGGCUCAGUAAAUAAUUUGAGUGCUGCUCCCUUAACAGGAUAAUGAGUGUGGGAUCAUUGCAGUACAGAUCGUGCCCAAGCAGGGAUGGUGGUGGAAGUGCAGCCUGAGAUGAUCUGAGAAUGUUCUCAUGGACUUGCUCAGUGUGGAGACACAUGUGGAACUGACCACAGGUCCAGGUGGAAAUGAAAGACAGUGGUUCAGAUGAAGGAAUAACUGACUCAGUGGGAGAAAGUAUCCGUAAGCAAAUGAAAUAGCGAAAUAGACUCCAGAUUCCAAGAAAUAUGGUUGAGAUAUUGACCUCUUCAAUUUCAUAUUAACCUGAAAAAAUGCCCAGUCAUUUCUGCUGCAAUAACAUUGUUGAAUCUACUCAUUCUGUUUCCAUAAGCACUCAGAAACAAUCAGACCAAAGGGUAGAUGUUACAAAUGUCAUAGUCCUCAGGACACAGGGACCUUUGUUUGGAUUAUCAACCACAGUAUGAGUGCUAGUUCUGCGGGACAUUCCAUGUUAUGGGGUUUGUCCAGAGCCCUGUGGGAUAUUGAGCCUCAAUUUAGGCCUCAAUUUUGGCCUCAGUUUUCUGCAUGUCAGUAGCUCUGCACAAGUUGUGCACAAGUUGUGGUCAGGUGUCUCAGAUCACUGCUGUUUGACCCAUGUGUUGGGAGAGAGGUGAAAAGUUUCCACGUGGAACACGCUGUCUUGCAUGAUUGUUUAGCAGUCAGUGACUUGGAGGAAGGGUGUGUGCCAUGAAAACUCCAAGGCAGAAGUUCAAGUACACACUGUAGUCUGUCUGUUAGAAGGAUCAUAUUCUUCAGAGAGGCGAGACUACGGAAACACAGGCUGAAGAUGAAACACAGUCUGAGGCUCAUGCCAGAUAACCUGCACACAUGCCUUUCACACAGGCUGCAUGGCCCCACUCACUAUCCUAGAAUGCAGUGAUGUGGCUUGAGUUCCCCUUCUCUCUCUGCCUACUUCUGUGAUCUGUUGCUCCCAGGAAUCCCUGGAAUCCAGGCUCUGGAACUGUCUAAGUACACCCUGGCAUGCAAGAAAACUGUACAUUUCACCACCUUUUUUCCUCCUGCAAUGUUGGUGUUCUUGCAGAAGUUGUGUCUUAAAAAUAAUUUUAAGUAAUCAUUGUUUUUUCAUUGUAGGCCUAGUUUACCUCAUUACAACUUUUAAGCCAUCAUUAAGGUAAUAUUUCUGUGCUGGGCAGGGAGUAGCUCAAUGGUACUGCGCCUGCCCAGCAUGCUUGAAGACCUGGAUUCCAUCACCAGCAAAAUAAUAAUAAGAUAAUGUUUCCGAGGGAUACAGUCUUUGGGGUUUUCCUCAUCUUUCAGCUGUGCAUUGGAGUCCCUGGUAACUCAUUCCUCUUCCUGCUGUAUAUGCACACCUUCUUAUUUCAGCAUCAUGUGAAGAAGAUUAUGGAUCCCAUUUUCUCCCUUCUCAUGUUGGCCAACACUUUGACAAUCACAUUCACAUUGAUACCACAUAUCAUGUCAUCCUUUGAAGUAAGAUGGUUUUGGGACAAUGUUGGUUGUAAAGCAGUCUUGUAUACAUACAGAGUGACUCGGGGUGUUUCCCUCUGCACCACCUCUCUCCUGAGUGCCUUUCAAGCCAUCACUGUCAGUCCCAAUAACUCAAAGUGGGCAUGGCUUAAAUGUAAGCUCUCUACAUGGACUUGUCCCUGGUUCCUUUUCUUCUGGAUCCUCAACAUGCUCAUCUACAUACGCAUCAUUGAAACUGUCACAGCCAGGAGCAAUUUCACUCUGGUUGGUCAUGGCUAUGUUGAUGCCUACUGUCAAACCAGGCAGUUUGGGAAUCAGAACUCAGGGACAUAUAUACUGAGUCUGUUGGUGAUUCGAGAUCUGGUGUCCGUGCUCCUCAUGAUAAGCACCAGCCUGUACAUGGUGAAUCUCCUCUACAGACACCGCAGGAGAGCUCAGCACCUCCACAGUCCCCACGUCUCCUCCCAGACAUCUCCUGAACACAAAGCCACUCGCACCAUCCUCUUGCUUGUAGGUUGGUUUGUGUUCUUUUAUUUCUCAAACAACUGUCUGACUCUUUAUUUAUUUUAUGCACAUAAGAAAAUUCCAAGCCUGGAGGGGAUUAGCACAGUUUUAUCAUCAUGCUACCCAACCAUAUGCCCGUUUUUGCUGAUGAAAAAUAAUAAAAUUGUUUCUCAACUUAUUUCAUCCUUUUCCUUGACAAGAAUAACAGGUUCCCAUGGAAUAUUUAAUGGCUUGACUUCCCAAGCUUUAACAGAAGAGAGUCCUUAAUGAUGUGUAAGGGAAAAGGAGAUCCAUGUAGUACUUGAGCACUUCAGAUGCCACUAGUUUGGGCUCAUUUAUUCUAUAAAUCUAAAAUGCACUCAAAAUAGAAGGCUUAGUUUCAAUAAAUGUAUAUAUGUAUCACUGGAAUAGCUUUCACAUUGAUUACAUGUCUGAAUUAAGACAUUUUGAGUAAAAUGAGUAUAUUUUCUGUAUGCUAUUAAAACU